AUGCAAGAAGAAAAAUAUAACUUGUCCACUGAAUCUAGCCCAUCUCAAUUACGUGUCUAUGCUAGUGAACUUGGUGCUAUGCUUCCAGAUUGGAAAGCCCGCAAAAGUGUGAAAGAAGCUCUUCGCCGACGCUUAUUCAAAGAAUAUCAGAUCAAGGCUCUUGUACCAGAUAAAAGGAAUGAAAAACUUACUAUCAAAGAGAGAGCUCAAUAUUGUGCAAAAACUGAAGAUCCAUAUGAUAUUUGGUUACAUGCUUUAGAUUUAAUCAAGACAAAAAAUAAUAGUGAUGAAGAAAUUGUCGCAUCCAACUCACGUCUUACAUUAUUUCCCCAACAUCUUAGUUUACUUUGUAGAAUUGCAAUGAGACAUAAGAUCGACCGUUUUGAUUCUGGAACUUAUUAUGCUGAGGGUGACACUUCUUCUGAUUCCGAUACCAAUCCUGAUACUAAUACUGAACCCGAACCUAAAUCUCAGCCUAAGAAUAACGAUCUUUCGAAGGAAGUGCACAGAGAGCAUUAUAAUCCUUUUGAUACCCAACUUGCGGAAAUAGAUUCGAUGUUAGCAGAAAUGUGA